AUGGCUUCCUCUUCUUCUUCUUCUUCUUCCAAGCGUAGGAGGAGUUACGAUGUCUUCCUGAGUUUCAGGGGCACGGACAUCCGCAAUAACUUCCUCGGUCAUCUCUACACAGCUCUAGACCAGAGAGGAAUAAACACUUACAUGGACGGUGAAGAACUGAGGACGGGGGAGCAAAUAUCACCGGCACUUAUGGAGGCGAUCGAGGAAUCCCGAAUCGCCAUGGCCAUUUUCUCGGAGAACUAUGCCUCAUCGAAAUGGUGUUUGGGUGAGCUGGCAAAAAUCAUGGAGUGCAAGGAGCAAAGAGAUCUAAUGGUUUUUCCGGUGUUUUACAAGGUGGAACCAUGCGAAGUGAGAACGCCGGGAAAGAGUUACUUAGAAGCUAUGGCUAAGCAUGAGGACAAGUUUGGGAAGGAUUCAGAGGAAGUGAAGGGAUGGAAGAAAGCUCUUUCUGGGGCCGGUAGCUUAUCUGGGCUGCAUUUUACUGAUGGAAAGCAUGCAUUUCCAAGAAAACGAAAAAUAGAAAUAAGGAGCAAUCUUGUUGAUGGCGUUUUACAUUAUGCUGGAGGCCUUCCCUUGGCUCUUAAGGUGCUGGGAUCUUUCUUGUGUGGUAGAGAAGAAGAUGAAUGGGAAAGUACCCUGGAGAAACUUGCCAAAAGUCCCGACAAGGAUAUCAAUGAUGUGCUAAAGGUGGGUUAUGAGGGAUUGGAGGACUAUGCAAAGGAAAUUUUUCUUGAUAUCGCAUGUUUCUUUAAGGGGCGGAGUACAUCGGACAUUAAGAAAGUUCUUGAUAGUUGUGGUUUCCACACGACUAUUGGGCUAAAAGUUCUCAUUGAGCGCUCCUGGAUUAGUGAAGAUAAUGGGACCUUCCAAAUGCACGACUUAAUACAACUAAUGGGUAGGGAUAUUGUUGAGGAAGAAUGCCGUGAUGAUCCCGGCAAAAGGAGUAGGUUAUGGCUUUAUGAUGACGUUCUUGAUGUUCUAUCUAGAGAUUUGGGAGCACCCGCAAUGAAAGCCAUUGUUUUGGAGCUACCAGAGCGAGAAGAGAUGUAUAUUGGUACUAAUGCUUUCACUAACAUGAGAAAAUUGAGGUUGCUCAUACUGCGUAAUGUCCAUAAUCCUUUCCAAGGUCCCAUCCAUUUCCCUAAUGAGUUAAGGUGGUUUGAAUGGCCUAAGCGUGCCUCGAUUCCAGAAUUUGGCGAUGGUCAAAAGAAGUUAGUUGCACUUGAUCUGCGAAAUACCAACAUUGAAGUAGUGCUGAAACAAUUUCAGGACUAUAAGAAAUUGAAGUUCAUUAACUUCAGUAGAUGCGAGUCCGUCUUUUCUAUGCCGGACCUCUAUUGUACGCCAUAUCUUGAGGAAUUGAAUCUUCGUGGGUGCAAAAACUUGGAGCAUUUACCCGAUGUGCUCCGGUGCAAGAAUCUUCAAUUUCUCGGUCUUAGUGGUUGUUCAAAAUUGCGAAGAUUCCCUGAUAUUCCAGAUGAAAUCAAAGGCUUGCGAGAGCUUGAUUUAGUAGGGACUGCAAUUGAGGAACUUCCUGCAUCCAUUGAAAAUUUUGUCUCCUUGGAAGGUUUGGUUGUAAGUAACUGCAAGAACUUGGAAAUCCUUCCUUCUAGCAUUUACAGGUUGGGAAAUCUUAGGGCCUUAUUGCUUGAUGGCUGCUCAAAACUAAUCCACUUUCCGAAGGCGGAGGAGGAUUGGAGUAAUCCCCAUAAGCAAAUAGGAUUUCCAGGCUUAGAGGUUUUAUCCCUUAGGGGAUGCAAUCUAUCAGAAGUAGAGUUCCUCCACCAGAAUCAUUCGUGUUUUCCCUCAUUAGUACAAUUGUCAUUGUCGGCUAAUGUUCCUACAUUCAAGAUGAACGAAUUGGAUGUUUCGGAUUGCCAAGGACUACAAGAGAUCCUCAAAUUUCCAGAGCAAUCUUGUUAUCGAGAUGUGCAUUGCAAAUAUCUGAGGAAAACUCCCUCCGACAAUUGUGAAUGGGUCCAUAAUGGAAUGACCAUCACCGAUUUGUUCAAGCUUAAGGCAGAAGAUCGUAGAUCGGUGGGCUAA